AAGGUGCUGACCCACGAAUGGGCUCAUCUGAGGUACGGCGUCUUUGAAGAGUAUGGCUACCCUGGUGACGACACAUACCCGAUGUUCUACUACACACGCGAGGCUAAUGGAGAGAGCAAAGUGGUUCCCAAUACCUGCUCCAACACAGACCUACGCGGAUACAAAAUGGACCAGAAGACUCAGCAGCCAUGCACGUACAGCAAGACCACUGGGCUGCCGGACAACAACUGCGUCUUCUACCCGUAUGGCGACAACGACGCCAUCUCGUCCUUGAUGGCGUUCACCUACCUGGACUCGGUGAACCAUUUCUGCAACAACAGCGAUGAUAAGCGGCACCGUCCGGAUGCGCCCAACAAGCAGAACUUCCGCUGCAGCCAGAGAUCGGUGUGGGAGGUGAUGAGAGAAAACGCCGACUUCAAGGGAGGCAGGAACCCGCCGGCCAGCUUGGAGCCGAACCAGCUUGUGCCGACGUUCGAGGUGGUGCGACCGGCACAGGCCAGGUUCAUCAUGGUGCUCGACACAUCCGGCAGCAUGGGGGAUGUGUCUGCAGCGUCGUCGAGACAAACGUCUAAAAUACAGAAGCUUCACUCUGCUGCCACCAAAUGGAUCAAGUACGAACUCCAGAACGGCACUUGGGUGUCCAUCGUGACGUUUACAGACACCGCAGUUCUUCAAACAGAAUUCAAGCAGAUUGUGGAUAAGACAUCAAGAGAAGAAAUUGCCAGACAUGUUCCUUCAUCAGCAGGUGGUGGCACGUGCAUCUGCAACGGUGUAUAUUUGGGACUUAAGACUCUGAAGAAAGCGGUAGGGACUGGUGGAGUGAUGGUCCUCAUGACGGACGGCGGGGAGAAUCCCCCCUGCUACAACCCGGACACAAAGGCCAUGUGGGACCUGACCGACCUGUACGACCCCGUGGUGGCGGCCGACGUUCGCGUCAUCACAAUGGCCUUCGGAACGUCGGCCGAUUCCCGAUUGGAGAAGUUCGCCGACAUUAGUGGUGGGAGGACGUACUUCAUCAGCGAAACGAAGGCCUCACUGCAGCUCGACCAGGCGUUCCAGGGCUGUCUGACCUACCAACCGGACAUCACAGUGGAGACUGAGAAGAACAUUGUGCUGUUUCAGCAAUAUUUUUCCGGAUUUUCCGUCACAACAUUUUCCAGUAUGUUCUCCAUCGAUCCAACAACGGGGAGAGAUGUCGUCUUCAAACUGGCGUUCGAUGAUGCAUCGGCCAUCAGCACCGUCAAGUCUGUUCGCUUGGUCUCUCCUACCGGCGCGACUUACACGAACGUCUCCUACGAACCGAGUGAAAACUUCGGCACGUUGAAGUUGCAUCUUGCUGAGGAAGGCGAUUGGCAGUUUCUCCGUGGCUUUCAAGGCAGAUCCGAUGAUGUUGUCAUCACUGUCACGUCUAAGUCCAGGUAG